UAAUCAGGAUGACAAACUUCGGGAUCUGAAGUAUUGAAUUUUGUAAUGUGCUAUGUGUCUUUUUAAAUAUUUGUAAACAGUAUUCAUUUAUUUACCUGUUCGUUUAACAGCGUACUUUCGAGAUGGACCCCAAUGCAUUGGAUUUCGCAUCAUUAAGAAAUUUCAAAGACUUCUUGCAACACUUCAAUGUCAUGUCCGAAUCCUGUUUUCUGAGAUGUGUUAAUACGUUUAAUAACAGAGAAUUAACGGAGGAAGAGGCUCUCUGUGUAACCCAGUGUGCAGAUAAACAUGUCAAAGUCAAUAAGAAGGUGAUGGAAGUCUACAUUGAGGUUCAACCACAGAUUGCAAAGAAGAGGAUGGAAGAAGUUGCUGCUCUACAGGAAUCAUUGGAGAAACAAAACAAAUCUUCAGAACACAGUGAAGGAAGUGAAACCAAAAAAAGUUGAUGUUUGUUGACACAUAAUAC